AAAAUUCUGCUGCCAAUAAAUCUGCGUGGAUGAAUGAAGACACGGGGGAAAUAAUUUAUUAGUGAGCACAGAACUGCAGUGAAGUUCUGCGUAAUUUCACUCCUAGAGUCGUCGGUGACGGAACUGUGAUGCGCGCCGCGCAACAGCCUGCCAGCUCCAGCCUGUCCUGAAGGAAGCCAUCGCAGAAACAGGCAGCGCACAUUGUGUUCUGGCCGUCAAUGCAUGCGCGCAGAAAAAUCUUUUCACACUUGCAGGAAACGCAUGCGCGUAGAGGAAGCCAACUGGUUUGUGUCAAAUCGAUGCAGACGGAUGUGAUCGAGCUGAAAAUCACCUGUAUUCUGGCAUUCAUGGUGACACAUCCAUGGGCUCAGAGCGGGCGGAGAUGCGCAAGAGACAGAUGCAGGUUCAUCAGGAAGCAGCUGCCAGUGUCCUCCAAGCGCGCCACAGAAUGGGAAACACCCCCACGAACGCCUCGAACGCCUGCUGCUUCUGCUGGUGCUGCUGCUGUAGCUGCUCCUGUUUGACUGUUAGAGGGGAAGACGAAACCAUUCAGAGAUCUACAUUUGAACCCAGGACAGAAGGAACAACCAAUAACUGUGACGAAAGCCCGAAGCCCACUCUGGAAGACGCUAACUCCUGGGCGGUGUCGUUUGAAAGGGUGAUGAAGAGUGCAGCUGGACGGAGCUGCUUCAGGCAGUUCCUGAGGACAGAGUUCAGCGAGGAGAACAUGAUGUUCUGGCUCGCCUGUGAGGAGCUCAAAAAGGAGACUAACAAGAUUGUGGUGGAGGAGAAAGUACGUCAGAUCUAUGAGGACUUCAUCUCCAUCCUUUCUCCAAAAGAGGUCAGCUUGGACUCCCGCGUUCGAGAAGUGAUCAACAAGAACAUGCUGGAGCCGACCUCUCAAACGUUCGACGACGCUCAGCAGCAGAUUUACACGCUGAUGCAGAGAGACUCCUACCCUCGUUUCAUAAACUCGUCCAUGUACGCAGACCUCCUCAAGAGCCUGGAGGAGGAGGAGGAGGAGGAGGAGGUUCCUCCUCCCGAGCCGUAGACUCUCUGCAGCGCAUGCAUCCCACUCAGAGAAGUUUCACGUUCGUGUCGGAGUUCUGCUAUUUCCAGACCAACCGGCGGAGAAAUGAAGACUCCCGAAGACCAGUCUGUGUCCUGCUGUUUAUUGACCCAUUAGCUUACCAAAACCCUCAGAGCAAACUAGAUCAAACGCUAGGUUCAGCUUCGGUUACUGUACUUGUUAAAAAAAAGAAAAGAAAAAAACAUAUCUAUAUUUUUAUAAAUAUUCCCUAGCGCUCGACAUUGCACUUUUCUACCUUGUUUAGUGAGGAGAAGCAUGUAUCUGUAAGCACUGCAUUUGUAUUUAGGUAUUUUUGUGAGCCUUAAUGCAUAUCCAGUUCUUGUAGAAACUUGUCGGUUUUCUUUAACUGUAAUUCUAAAAGAAAGGAAAGUGCCUUGGAAUAACAUCUUCUACACAAGCAUCUUUGCUCAAACACGAACGGUGCGACAGUGACUUCACACGUUGGUGCUUUCAGCUCUCCUCAAAGACCAAACUUUGAGCUGACGCCCCGAAUCCAAUCUCGUCUCUGUGUUCCAAUACUGUGAUAUUCGUCAUAAAUUUAAUUUAAACAAAAAAACAGGGAAGAAAACACUGAAUAUAUGAUCAUGACCACUGAUAUUUGUGUAUUUAAAACAAAUUUGUGUGAAAUAGCUAUUUGAAUUCUCACAAAUUAAAUAAAGCACAAUCAUAUCACUUUUUUUUUUUUGCUGUCCGUUCUUUUGAACAUUCACAGAAUAUUCAACACUUUUCUGAAGCUUAAGCUUUUGCUUAAAAU